CUUGGUCAACAAGCCGCCAGUGAGCGGCUUUUCAGCCCGGACUUCUUCCUCAGAUUGGACGGCGUAUUAUCGCUUCUUUGUUACACAACUCGGUAAAGACCACCAGAAACGUGUUUUUAGCUGUUCUCCACUAGGAGCGAGUGGAUGUGGGCUUUGUGAUUUUUAUUUUACUCUCUAAGAGUUGAGUGUGUCGAUUUACACGGUGAGGAGUACACUUCCAUGUGGUCAGAUUAUCAGCGCGUCUAACAAAAGACCCGCUCACCUCCUCUUGUCUCCUACCACUCGGUUAAUCUCCGCCGCGUUCACAGUCCGGGUUCCGGGUUUACUUUACUUUGAAGGGUUUGGUCAGAGUUUACGUCUGAUAUUCGGAUAUUGUGAUCCAGUUUCCUUCUUAUUUUCUAAGUGCGGCCGGUGGAAGCGGAGCUGAAAGAUGCCGCUUCUCCACAGAAAACCCUUCAUCCGACAGAAACCCCCGGCGGACCUACGACCAGACGAGGAGGUGUUUCUCUGUAAAAUCACGCACGAAAUCUUCAGGACCUACGAUGAGUUCUUUGAGAGGACCAUUCUGUGUAACAGCUUGGUGUGGAGCUGUGCUCUGACGGGCCGAGCGGGACUCACUUAUCUUGAGGCGGUGGAGAGUGAGCGGCGGGCAAGGCAGAGUCUGGAGAGCUUCCCUCAGUCUUUGGUGGUGCCUCUGCUCCACCUUGCUGCUUUGAGCCAAUGCUGCAGGCUGACGGAGCUCUGUGAGGACGUCUAUGCUUUUGUCAAAGACCGGUUCUUUCCUGGGGAGGUGGUGGACGUCAGUGGAUGUAACGGAGCCAGAUACGUGUGUGAGAUCCUGCAGGCACACCUGCCUGAUUCCAGUGUUAGUCGAGCACCAGACGUUAACGGCCACGGCAAGAUGGCUGACGAUGACACGAUCGUCAUCAGUGAUAGCGAUGACGAGCACAGCGCCUUCCAGAGUUCCACAGUACAAGUCAAUGGCAGGAAGAAGUCUUUGAGUCCAUCAGUGUUUAAAUACACAGUGAGGAUGAUGAAGAACAAACACAGCGAGCCGUUCACCGUCAGAGCCAAUCAGAUCAGUCGCAAGAAAAGCGCUCUGUCCAGAGAGAGACUGAAGCUACUCUUCAAGCAGCACUGCGAGCCUCAGAAUGGGAUCGUCGCACUAAAGCCCUCCUCGAUGGCAAAGUACCAGCUGUCUAAACAGACCUUCUCUCAGUUCUUUCCUGACGAGCCCCCCCUAUUCUCCUUCAGCCCCUCUUCUAAAUGUGGAAGGCGUGACUCACCUGGACAGGCGAGUUCGUCUCUACUGAAAGCUGCAGAGGAGAAACUGAAGUUGCUACAGCAGAGGGAGGAGAUGGUGGCUGCAGUUCAAGACAAGGCGCGACUGAAGAAAGAAAAGGAGGAGGUGCAAGAAGCCAGGCGGAGGGAGAGGGAGGACAAGGAAAGGCUACGGGAGGAACAGAGACGCAGGUUUGAAGAGGAGAAGCAGAGGAGGAGGGAGGAGAAGGAGCGCAGGAAGCUGGAGAAAGACCGGGAACGAGAGAAGUUAAAGGAGGAGAAGAAGAAAUACGCAGAGCAGCUGAAGCUUUGGAGCAAACCCAGAGAGGACAUGGAGUGUGAAGACCUGAAGGAGCUGCCAAGGCCAAUUCCAGUGAAAACCCGGCUUCCAGCAGAGCUCUUUGGAGAUGCUCUGAUGGUUCUGGAGUUCCUGCAGGCCUUUGGUGAGGCCUUUGACCUGAAGGAUGAGUUCCCUGAUGGGGUCUCUCUGGAGGUUCUGGAGGAGGCUCUGGUGGGUUCUGAUCCUGAGGGUCCUCUGUGUGAGCUGCUGUUUUUCUUCCUGACAGCCAUCUUUCAGGCUCUAGAUGAGGAGCAGGAAGAGGUUGCCACAGACCAGGUUGAAGGUCAGACACACUUGCUGUCUUUGGUUCGUCUCCGUAAGGAGGAGAAGAUGAGAGAGCAGGAGCAGAGGAUGAGGGCGAAAGAGGAGAAGAUGAAGGAGCAGGAGCUCAAGGGACGACUUCAGACCAAUGGUGACUCGUGUACAGAACAUCACACUGAACAUGAAGAGGAGCAGAGCAGCAAGAUGAUGACAGCCAAAGGAGACCAGAAAGAACAGCAGCAGCAGACAGUGUCUGACCUGAAGCCUCGCACCAGCCUGACGGCAGAGGAGCUGGAGAGAGAGCAGGAGAAGGUCAGAGAGCUGCAGGAACGCAUCCAGAAAGCUGCAGCCUGCACCUGCCUGUUGCCUUUGGGUAGAGAUCGUCUGUAUCGCCGAUACUGGCUGUUCCCUUCAGCCUCCGCCCUUUUUGUGGAGGCGGACCACUUCGGCCUGACAGAGGACAUGCUGCAGCCUAGCCCAAAACCUGAGCAGGACACAAGCUCCACCAAGGUGGAGAAAGGAGAGGAAAUGGCCAAGGAUAAAGCAGCUAGUACAGGCCCACCAAUCAACCAGUCCAACCAGUGGUCCUUCUACAGUUCACUGGAGGAGGUCGAUCAUCUGAUCGAGGCUCUGAAUCCUCGAGGUCACCGAGAGAGCAGCCUGAAGGAGGCGCUGCUGCAGGAGAGAGAGAGGCUGCAGCACCUGCUGAAGAGCUGUGACAGAAACAAAUAUGAACACACAGAGGAUCAAGAGUCAUCCCAGGCACUCCCAGAAUGCACUGCUGCAGCUGAGUCCAUGAUGGAGGUGAGACUCAGAGAGCUUCUGCUGGAUAUCGAGGACCGGAUCCACCAGGGAACUCUGGGAACUCUGAAGGUGAUGGAUAGACAGGUAUGGCGCUUGGCGUUAGAAGCUGGAAAUUACGAGCUGCUCGCUUCUGAUGGCAGAGAGAACACGGGGAUGAACGGAAGAGUGGAGGCCAUGGAGGUGGACUCUGCCCACCUGAGAGCCAGAGACAGGCUUCAGGAGGUGAAGUCUGACAGCUCUGCAGCGUACGGGUCCAGCGGCAGUGGAACUCCUCAGGUGGUCAGCAACUCUGUACGGAUCCUGGCUCAGGCUCUUACCAACAUUGAGCAAGGCAUCGAGAGACGCUUCCUCAAAGCUCCGCUCGCUGAUGAAGACUCAAAGAAGGACCAUAAGAUGAAGAACAAAAAGAAGAAAGACGAGGACCAAGCCAGUGAUGACGGCAGUGACUGUGGUAGAGUCAGUAAAACGGUGUUGGAGCGAUGGAGGGAAUCUCUGCAGUCCUGCUCCAGCCUGUCUCAGUCUGUUCCAGAAGGUGAAUGGUUCUGUCCAGACUGUCGACCCAAACAGAGAUCCAACCGCCUCCCCUCCCGUCAGCGCUCGUCUAUUGACGAGGAGGAGGAAAGAGACUAUGAUGAUGAGGAAGAGGAGGAGGAAGAGUCUGAGGAGGAGGAGGAGGAGGAAUCUGAAGAAGAGUCAGAGGAGGAAGAGGAGGAAGAAGUUGUCGCGAACCCUAAGAAGAGGCAGACUGCACUCCCCAAGGGCAAGAGCCAACAGGCCACGCCGAGGAACAGCAUCACCACGUCAGGGAAAAACACGUCAGCCUCCAAACACUCUCCAGGAGCCUCCUCAUCGUCCUCUAACCGUCGUUCCUCUGGGAGGAACCAAGGAGUACACGAGCUGUCCGCCUGUGAACAGCUGACAGUGGAGCUAGUCAGACAUGAAGACAGCUGGCCCUUCAUGAAGCUGGUGUCCAGAACCCAGGUUCCAGAUUACUACGACAUCAUUAAGAAGCCGAUUGCGCUGAACACCAUCAGAGAGAAAGUCAACAACUGUGAAUACCAGACUGCAGGCGAGUACGUCUCAGAUGUGGAGCUGAUGUUCUCCAACUGUCUUCAGUAUAAUCCUCGUCACACUAAUGAGGCGAAGGCCGGACACCGACUGCAGCGCUUCUUCCACGCUGAGCUGAGCAGACUUGGCCUAUUGGAGCACGGCUCCGCCCUGCCCAGCAAACGCUCCCGACACUGAAGCAGACGCUCUCCUGUCACCGUCACCGCCGUCCAGGGACUGGAAAGAGGAGACAGAUGUAGAAGUUGCAGUUGUUUUGUUCCCGAAGGACUGAAAAGGUGUCAAAAUAUAUUAGCAACCUCUGUGCUCCGUUAAGCAAAGGGAUAACGGGGGGCAAAGGUCAGCAAACACUUAGAAGAACCUUUAAAUUAAUGUUAAAAAGAGUUAAAGUUCCAUUGUUAAAAUGAGCUUUUUUCCACUGCUUCUUACAUGAAACUGUUCUGGGAGCUCUGCCCUUCUCACGUGUCGUGCGUUUAAAAGCGUCUCUCUCAAAAUUAAAUACGUUGCAGCUGCUGUGAGUUCAUGGGAAAAUUGUGAGCUAGGCUUUCUAUGACCUGCUGAUCAGGGCAUUUAUUUCUAGUCUAUUGGAUAGACAGACAUGUAGCAGAUUGAUGGGCACAGACACAUUCCUGUGGCACUGUAGCGACAGUAGAGUCCCACCUGAUUUCACCUGAUGUUUCCUUUAAUCCAGAAAAGCAAAAACCACUAAAUACUCUGGGACUUGAGGCCCUCAGUGUUUUCUCAGGGAUUUGUGAUUUCAGUGUAAACUGUUUUGGUACAGCUAGUUUUACUGAAGCGGAGCAGCUGCAGGGAUUCGGGGCUCGAUCGAUGGAAGUCUGUGGCCACUAUUACAACAUUAAAUUGUAUUUAAAUAGGUUUUCUAGCAUGUGAAGUAUGACCAGAUUGGUUUACAAAGGAACAUUUAAUAAUAGAAAAAUAACUGAUUAAUUCCUCUACAUGAAGUUGUUUGAUGGCAUGCACAGCCUGCAGCAUUGGGGUGACGUGGUUGCAGCUUCCAUGUACUCAGACUCACUGUGGGGCGCAGAGCUGAGCAACUUUAGCUUGGUUUGAACGGAAAUGCUUGAUUUUUCAUUAGGAUACAAUCAUAAAAACUUUUUGGCUAAAUUUCAUUUAAUGAUGACACUGAAACAAUAGCCUUGUUUUUAUUGGGAUGUAUAAAUUAAAAUACGCAGGUAAUAUGUACACCUGUUUAUGCUAAUUAUCAAUUCAACCAAACUGUGUUAAUCGUGGCUUCCACAGACUUCUGUAAUGAUCUACUGGGUGAAUUUCAAACUGUAACCAAUAACAUGCAGCUAGUAGUGCAAACCCUUUCAUGAUAUUGCAUUGGCAGAGUUAUAGAUGCAGUUUGAGAGACUAUGAAGAUGCUUCAACAUCUCAGGAACGCCUUCCCCCAGCUUAGCAUUGAGACUCAAAGGAUUCAGUUUGAAGGCGUGGAUCUGAGUCUGUCGUGCAUCGAGCUACUUGAUAACAAUUCUCCUUGUUAAUCUGACUAAACACAAAAGUCAGAUCUGAUCACUAAAGAAGCGAUUUGAGCUGGUCCUUUAAGCUGCAGCUGCCUCUGUGGAUUUGUAGUUUUUUGUUUGUUUGUUUUUUUGACUACUGAGUUUUUCUACAUUAGUUUUGUUGGUUUUGUCAGCAUUGUCAAUUACAUGCUCUGAUGAUGAUGAUGAUGUCUGCGUUGAAGGAUGGAGGUCAGCAGUAGACACUACACUGGAGCUGCUGCAGCCUCACUCCUCCCCUCCCCGUCUGCUGUGUAUUUAUUUAGCCUCAGUAUUGUCUUUAUUUAUGACUGCUAGCCUCCCUCUUCCUCCUGAAGCUUUCAUCUGUUUGUUGUUCUAAUGUAAAAAUAAAUUGACUUUUUAU